AGCGCCUAGAGGUAUGCAGAAAGGUAAUAGCAUACAAGUAGCCAUAAUUUUAGUCCAUAACGAUUAGAGUUAGUUAGUGUUAGUGAGAACGUGUAUCGAUCUGAUGAAAUAAAUGUUAGAGUCUAAGUUGAACCACGGUCGAGAACACAUCGGUUUCUUUUGAUUGAGCUAUUGAACAUUUGGUCCUUCGAAUAAAAGGGAGUAAGCGAGUUGUAAAAAUCGCAAUAGAAUUCGGGACACUUAGAUUCUCAUCACAAGAUCGCUGCGAUUGUAUCGUUUUUUUUGCUUGUGCUGAAUCCACGAGAUUGUUUGUGAGUGGAAGAGUGUAGGCGUACGAUUUGCCGGUGCAUGCCUUUAUGUGCGUGUUUUUUUUUUACGUGAGUGCACAUGAAGGGGCAUAGAGUUUGGUGACUAUUGUUACACUUUUCCGGGAGUCGGCGGCUUAGAGUGCAGAAGUAAGCGAACGAUAACAGUGCGUAAGCGUAAUUUUGUGCGUGUACCGUUUUUUUCUUAGCUUUAGCAAUCGUGCUAGCGAUUUGUGCGUGUGCGUUAGUUCGGCCAUAGCGUGGGUCCGAUUUACAGAGGUGCGCGUAACUAUAGGUGACGUAAAAUUGUUUUUUUGUUGAUUGCUAGAAAACUACACACAUUUGUGUUGGACCUGCUCCUGAGUUGGGAUGAGAAGUGUAUUUCGGCCAAUUCGCGGGUCCGAAUGCUAGGAGUGGUAAAAUCGUGUGAAAAUUAGAACAAGUUUAGCGUCGGAAAGAUCGUUGCUAGGACAAUCAGUUUGCGGUUAUUGUGUUUCGGCCAUCGUGACCAAGUUGGCGUCAGUGUUCGCCAUCGCAAUUUGAGGAGUGUCAUUGAACUUUAAAAUGCCGAAAGCAUCGAAAGAAGCAGAAAAAAUGGUGCCGUGGAUAAGAAUUUACCAAGAUCGAUUGGCAGGUCUAGAGCAAUUUGAAGAAUUUAUGGAUAAUUAUGUGGAUGCACAACGUGGUGAAUUAAGUAGUCAGCUUUUGUCCUUGGAAGAGGCAAAAAAGACUUUUGAAAGUGUGCGGGAAAAGUUGUUAUUGGAGUAUGAUGAGUGUGAUGAGGUACAGUUAAGAAGUGAGAGGAAGGAGUUUCAAAGAAAGUAUCACAAAGUGAAAGGUUUUCUGUUAGAAAAACAAGGACGAGAUGAAAGUGUACGACCGAUCGCGAACAGUACUAUGACGAACACAAUAUUUUCGAGUUCACAAGUGCGUUUACCGAAAAUAGAGCUUCCUACGUUUAGUGGUGAUAUUACGCAAUGGAUGAGUUUUAAGGAUCGUUUCGAAUCGAUGGUGCACGAGGUAGUGGAGUUGUCUGAAGUUAUGAAGCUGCAAUAUUUACUGGCGUCGCUGAGAGGAGAUGUAGCUCGACAAUUUGAACAUGUUCAACUUGUGGGGGAGAACUAUUCGAGUACAUGGAAGGCGCUUUUGAAGCGUUUCGAUGAUGAAAAGAAGCUGAAGCGCGAGUAUUUUAAGGCGCUCAUGGAUCUUCAACCAAUGGCAGCAGCAACACCCGAAGAGUUGACUCGAAUCGUGAAUGAAUCUCGACGGUUGGUGCGGGGAAUGGAACGACUAAAGGAGCCAGUAUCAAAAUGGGCUACACCUUUAACAAGUCUGGUAAGAUGCAAAAUUCAUCAGGAUACGUUAAUGGCAUACGAAAUCUUUGCAGCUGACACGGAAGACAAUUUUGAUGACCUGAUGGAAUUCUGUGAAAAGAGGAUAAAGAUUUUGAACAACACCGUUACCGAUGGGACAAACAGAAUAUCUACAAAAGCAGCUAAUGAACCCAUUUCAAGUCGUGCAGAGAACAACGGGCAGAGAAAGAAGGGAACGAAACCGAACGCAACUUUAGUAUGUGCGAGCCAAGCACACAAAGCCGUUACAAAAUGUUGCAUUGUAUGCCAGGGUGAUCAUCCAGUAGCAAGGUGUCCAUCAUUUGAGCGGCUCUCAGGAAUAGAACGCCAGGAAGUAGUCAAAAAGAAUGCACUAUGUUUCAAUUGCUUGACCAAAAAUCAUCGAUCUAUUUUCUGCCGUUCAUCAACAAGAUGUGAGAAGUGCAAGGGACGUCAUCAUAUGUUAUUAUGUAAUCGUAUUGCCUUUCCAACCCCACCAAGUCGAGAAGAAACUAUAAACGCUACAACGCAUGUAAAAGCUGCCAAGGAGCAGAUGGUCUGGUUGUCGACAGCACGAGUUUUAGUGUGCAAUGAACAUGGCGAGGAGAUGAUUGCUAGAGCAUUAUUAGAUCAAGGUUCCCAGUCAAAUUUUAUCAGUGAGCAAUUAGUGCAGCAGUUGAGACUGAGAAAACGACGACUUGCAAGACCAUUAUCGGGAAUCGCAGCAGUAGAAGUAAGGGCUGUAUCCGUUGUGACAGCAAUCGUCAAGUCACGUGUAGCUGAGUUUGCCGCAACGCUUGAUUGUUUGGUACUACCAAAGGUGACAUCGGAUUUUCCUUUUCGCACGAAAAACACGGAAAGGUGGAAUAUGCCGGUAGGAGUAACGUUAGCAGAUCCAGCAUUUUUCCGUAGUGAUAAGAUUGAUAUGCUGAUUGGAGGAGAGCUGUUUGCUGAGCUGUUACAACAAGGGCAGUUACGUAUUGCCCCACAUUUGCCUAAGUUACUGGAGACGAGCUUUGGUUGGAUAGUCAGCGGUAAAGAAGAGAAUCAGCAUGAUACCAGUAUGAGCAACCAGAUGGCAUGUUCCUGCAUCAAUGAAGAAGAAGACUUGAGCAGCUUGUUGGAGAAACUGGUUCAAAUAUGCAACAUUUAGCGGAAGUAGACGUAAAAAACAUCCCCGAGAACCGCUUGAACCAUUGGAGACACGUUCAACAUCGACUACAGCAUUUUUGGAAGCGUUGGCAUGUGGAAUAUCUUCAACAGCUGCAGACUAGACCCAAAUGGAGAGGCCCAGUACGACUGAUCGGUCCUGGAAUGAUGGUAAUCGUACGAGAAGAUAAUGUGCCACCGCUAAAAUGGCCAUUAGCGAGAAUAAUCGAUGUACACCCAGGACCAGACGGCACCGUAAGAGUAGUCACGUUGCGUACACCACAAGCAAAAGAACUAAAGAGGCCAGUUAGUAGAGUUUGCGUACUACCAUUGGAAGACAAUGAACUUUAUACGAUGAAAGGAAACACAUGAACUGAGGCGACAAUCUCGUGUGACAGUUUUUUUUGUCGAGUUAAACAUUUGGUUAGUUUUUGUCGAGUUAAACAUUUGGUUAGUUUUUUGUCGAGUUAAGGUUUUUUUCCUAUAAUCUACGAAAGUGAGGAGCAUAAUCUAUUAUAAAAUAUUAUCUAUUGUAUUAUAUGAAGUAUUAUGAAUUCUGAAGCAUGUUGCAUGAAAUCGAAUGUGGCUCAUAAAUAGCACAGUUUUUUUGAUCAUAGAAGUGAAGUACUUAAGGGAUUGAAUUAUGUUGACGUGAAUUGUAAAAUUUUCAAUUUUGGUGGUCGGGAAAUGUUAGCGCCUAGAGGUAUGCAGAAAGGUAAUAGCAUACAAGUAGCCAUAAUUUUAGUCCAUAACGAUUAGAGUUAGUUAGUGUUAGUGAGAACGUGUAUCGAUCUGAUGAAAUAAAUGUUAGAGUCUAAGUUGAA